AGUACCGACAUCUUCUCAGUAAGCAGUGUUUCGUGAAAUUUUUUAUGGGACAAUUUUAUUUUGCGUGCGUUUGUGUAUAUUUUAAACUAUGUUAACUUUUUGUGAAGGAAAGUUAUGUGUCUUAUCAGGAGUUGAAUGUGCGUGAAAUGUGAUAAAUUCGUAAUAAGUGUAUUGCUUACAAUCUCUGCAUGGGUACUAGAUACGCCUAGCUUUGUCGAUUUAAAAUGAUUUGUAGUUAUUACUUAAAUUUAAUUGGAAUAUAAUGCUUAUACGGAUCUUACAUGUAAAAUUGUAUAAAGAAUACAAAAAUGUGAUCUUUUUUAACAGCACGUUUGAUGGAUAGUUGCAGAUCAUGUAUAGGUACGUGAUUAUUUUGGAGAAUCAUUUGAAAUGUCGCCCAUAUCUAGAUGUUUGUUUGCCAGGGCUCAACUUUGCCAACAUUGCGUAUUAAUGUUAACGAUUUUAUCAGAGUAACCUAUCGUUAUCAAGCCUUCAGCAGCGUGCAGGUGCACUAUUUAAGUUUCUACUUUAAUUGAAGCAGUGUUGUUAAUUAUAAAAUGCGGCAAGAGGAAGUAAUCGAAGAGGCUAGCGACUUGCUGACGCAUCGGAAUGUUAAGAAACUUCCGUAUCCGAAAGCGGUUGGAUUCAUAGUCACAAAUGAGUUUUGCGAGAGAUUCUCAUACUAUGGGAUGCGAACAAUACUGUCCCUGUACCUGCGCGACAAGCUGGGCUACUCGGACAAUGGCGCGACGGUGAUCUACCACGUGUUCACCAUGUUCGCCUACUUCUUCCCACUGCUGGGCGCCAUGAUUGCGGACGGCUGGCUCGGCAGGUUCAGGACAAUACUGUACUUGUCGCUAGUGUACGCCGCCGGCACCGUCCUCAUCUCACUGACCGCCAUGCCGCCGAUCAGUUUACCUCAACUUGAAUUCACCAUCUUCGCGUUACUUCUCAUAGCCUUCGGCACGGGGGGGAUCAAGCCUUGCGUGUCUGCCUUUGGAGGGGACCAGUUCAAGCUGCCCGACCAGGAGAGGUACCUGGGCUACUUCUUCUCCCUCUUCUACUUCGCCAUCAACGCCGGCAGCCUCAUCUCCACUUUCCUCACGCCCAUCCUUAGGGCUGACGUCCACUGCUUCGGGGAAAACGACUGCUAUUCCUUAGCUUUUGGCGUCCCUGGAAUACUCAUGAUUGUAUCCAUUCUUUUCUUCGUAGCCGGCAAAAGAUUGUACAUAAUAAAAAACCCGGCGGGGAAUGUGAUUGGCCGCGUCGGCACGUGCAUUGGCCAUGCGAUAGUGAGAUCGUGUAAGAACGAAGAGAAACGCGAGCACUGGCUGGAUCAUGCCGACGACAAGUACGACGCUGGACUCAUCGAAGACGUCAAGGCGUUGCUGCGAGUGCUCGUGCUCUUCAUCCCGCUGCCAGUAUUCUGGGCACUGUUCGACCAGCAAGGUUCGAGAUGGACUUUCCAGGCAGACCGCAUGGACCAGGACAUAGGCAACUGGCAGCUGAAGGCGGACCAGAUGCAAGUGCUCAAUCCUCUUCUUAUUCUAGUCUUCAUUCCUCUUUUCGAAGUGGCAAUUUAUCCAUUCCUAACGUGGUGCCGACUGAUCAAGAAACCCCUUCACAAAAUGAUUUGGGGAGGAAUAUUAGCUGCGUGCGCCUUUGUGAUUUCUGGUAUAGUGGAACUGCAUCUUCUGCCUACGUAUGGUACUCCAGUAGCAGCUGGUCUCGCUCAGCUCAGAGUCUACAACGGAUUUAACUGUAACGUUACGUUAAGCACAGGUUCGAAUAACACCCACGUUAUUGGACCCCUGUCAGCCUAUGAACAAUUAGAUAUAAAAGCUGACCAAGUCACUCAAUUGCCGUAUUCAAUGCAGGGCGAGGCCGACACCAAUUGUGCAAGCGUCACUUACAGCGGAAUUUUUAGCUUGAAAGAGAAAACAGCCAAUUCCUUCUUUAUUAACAGCAACGGUGUCUUUAACUUUACUGAUAAGAAUGAUAAGGCCAUCGACGGUGUUAGUGUGAGAUUUUUAUCUAAUAUCAAGAAAUUAGUACAGAUAAAUGUAUUUGACACGAAGAAGAACAUCACGAAGUUGAUCACCCCGAGCAGUGAUACCGAGCCCAGGCACAUCGAAAAAGGUGUCAGUAGUGUGGACAUAAAUGGCGUCAUAGUCUUGAAAGAUUUCUACUUCCAAUCCGGAGCUGUGUACACAAUAAAUGUAUAUGAAGACAACAAUGGAACUUACUGGGCAAAUCCAGUGAUGAUAACCCCCGCGAACACAGUGCACAUCCUGUGGCUGAUCCCACAAUACGUGGUGAUGACGAUGGGCGAGGUGAUGUUCUCGGUGACGGGGCUGGAGUUCUCCUUCACCCAGGCGCCGUCCAGCAUGAAGUCGGUCCUGCAGUCCGUCUGGUUGCUCACCGUCGCCGUCGGAAACCUCAUCGUGGUGCUCAUCGUCGAAGGAAACUUCUUAGAUGCUCAAUGGAAGGAGUUUUUCCUGUUCGCGGGUCUGAUGCUGGUGGAUAUGCUAAUUUUCGCGACGCUCGCGCUGCGUUACCGGUACGUGGACGUGCGAUCCAGCGUCGAGGAGCUGCCGGUCGAGGAGAUAAGACUGCCGGAGAAAAAUGCCCAGAAACAAUCCUAGCUGAUAUGGUUAAUAAAUAUGACCCGGCGCCGGCGCAUCACUGGGGCUGAUGACAAGCGACGGCGGUUAACCACCCGUGUCCUGCUCACAGAUAAAUAGGGUCAAUUGCACUGCUUCUCAAACAUUUAUUUAUUGAAAUAAUAAGGUCCAAAAAUCCUCGCAAAAACUAGACAAUAAAUAUUUUCAAGAAA